CUGAGUGGGAGGAGCCUGUAAUGAGGAUUAGUUCGGGUUCACCUAUGUGUGUGUAUGUGUGCUGCAGACCAGGUUAAGUAGCUCGGUUACACGUAUAACACCUCCGCGUACUGUUACGAAAGAAGGCGAAUUAUGGAGCUGUGACCAAACGCGACUGUGUUAUUUCUUCCCGAGAGGACAAACUGAGUGUUUGUGGUUAAAACCUGCAGCUCGACGCUCCGCACCGUCCAACCGGAGGAUCCGUCCGACGGACAAGAAUGAGGUCCUUGUCUGCUUAGCGACCUGUCCCUGUGAACGAUGCUUCAGCAAAGGUCCUCUGUGAUUAUGCUUCCUCCUGUGGUUUCAGUUGCACCCAGUAAGCAGUCAUGAAUGUGCUCCUUCUCCUGCCUAUGACAUGGUUUAACUCGUAUGAUCCGGUCAUACCAUGAUGGCCUCCAUGGUUGUCAAUGGAAAUCAAGAAGGGCAGUCUCUGGUCCUGAAAGGGGUGGAUCCAGAGACCUGCAUGAUUGUGUUCAAGAACCACUGGGCUCAGGUGGUGAAGAUCCUAGAAAAGCACGACCCCCUUCGCAGCACCUCCUCCCUGGGUGUCCUCAACCUCACCGCCAGCUCUAGCGGCGGCCCUCGUUUCGGCCCCAUCCCCGGAGACGAGGCGAGCGCGGUGCAGAACUAUGUGGAGCACAUGCUGUUCCUGCUGAUGGAGGAGGAGAGUGGCCUGGUGGGCGCCAUGGGCCCCAUCCUGGAGUUUGUAGUGAUGGAGAACGUGAUGGAGCGUCUCUUCGUGUGGAGCCUCCGCCGGGAGUUCACGGAUGACAUGAAGCUGGAGCAGCUGAAGAUGUACGAGAUGCUGGUGGGCCAGGCGCACCAGCCCCUGCUGCAUCACAAGCCCAUCCUGCGGCCGCUGAUGAUGCUGCUGUCGUCCUGUUCGGGCACGGCGGCGCCGCGGGUGGAGGCCGAGCUGGUGCUGCUGCUCAACCAGCUGUGCUGCGUUCUGGCGAAGGACCCUUCGAUUCUGGAGCUAUUCUUUCACACCAGCGAGGAUCAGGGAGCCACAAACUUCCUCAUCUUCUCCCUGCUCAUCCCAUUCAUCCACAGGGAGGGCACGGUGGGCCAGCAGGCCAGAGACGCCCUGCUGCUCAUCAUGUCGCUGUCCGCUGAGAACGAGCGAGUGGCCAAACACGUCGCGGAGAACACCUACUUCUGUCCGGUUCUGGCCACAGGGCUGAGCGGCCUGUACUCAUCUCUGCCCACCAAGCUGGAGGUUCCUAAUGAGGAGUGGCACUGUCUGCAUAAAGAGGACUGGCUCCAGAUGCCGUCCCUCGUCCAGUUUCUCAACUCGCUGGAGUUCUGCAACGCUGUUAUCCAGGUGGCCCACCCUGACAUCAGAGACCAGCUGGUUAGCUACAUCUACAACGGAUUCCUUGUGCCUGUCCUCGCACCAGCUCUCCACAAGCUGACCCUGGAGGAGGUGAUGACCACCACAGCGUACCUCGACCUCUUCCUGAGGACGGCGUCUGAGCCGGCCCUGCUGCAGACCUUCCUCUCCUUCAUCCUCCUCCACCGACACGAGAGCGUCCACAUAUUAGACACUCUGGUCAGCCGCAUCAACACCCCCUUCCAGUUGGGCACUGUGUCACUGGCACUUUUCCGCACUCUCAUUGGCUUAUACUGUGAAGAUGUGAUGCUGCAGCUUGUAUUGAGGUACCUGAUCCCCUGUAAUCACAUGAUGUUGAGUCAGAGACGUGUCGUCGGGGAGAGAGACUGCUACUCUGUGUCAGCAGCCAAGAUCCUGGCAUUAACACCGUCCUGCUGCUCUCCUGAUCACAGCCCCCCGCCCCUCCGACAGCUGGACUCCAUCCUCUUUUCCAAGGGUGCGGAGACCCCCAGCAACACCAGCGCCACGGAGGAAAAUGAGAGCUUCUUAGAAGAGGAUGACGGCUCAGGUAACUCCUGCACCAUCGGCUCAGAAAUCUACCUGGAUGUGAGUUAUCUGCAUUACCUCUACGACGCCCGGCUGAGCAUCAGCAGCUGCAUGCAGGCCUGCCAGGUUUGGUCGGCACCGUACGACGGAGAGGACCCGCCUCCUGAGAAAUACCAGCCCGGCGUCCUCGAGGAGCCGGGGGUGAAGAGUCGGCCGACCCAGAUGCCUUUUAAGAAAGUCCCACAGCUGCUGGCGCCUCGUCCUCGCCCCUGCCCGCCACCGAGCACAGAGCCCUCCAUCACCCAGCUGGAACUGGAGUGGGACGAUAGUUACGACGCGUGUCCGGUGCAGACCGCCGAGGCUCCUGUAGAGAGUAAACCUCCACAGCCGCCUCCUGCUGAGCCCCCAAAGCACAUCCAGGAGAUGCGAAAAACGGCCCUCAUGUUGGUGAAAGACUCCUACAUUGAGGAGAACGAGUUCCAGGACGACGUCAUGGUGUACGAUCUUGUUGCAAAGAAAGACGCAAAAGAUGUCGUUAAGCUCAAACGCAACAAGUCUGAAUCAGAAGAAACCCAAACGGGCUCAGCCGAAGUUCUCCUAAAAAACGGACUCAGUCUAACACUUCCAGCCUCUGUGACGUCUGAUAAAAACAGUUUGGACACUAAGGUCCAAAACAGCACAGCUGCUGAGCCGGGUGAUGACCUUUUGGCUCAGUACGAGGAGCUCAUACGGACAUUGGACUCUCAAGCAGGUGGAAAACAGGUCAAACCUGACGUAGAGGUGAAGAAGCCUGUCACACCUGCAGAGAAGGAGAAAGAGGAGGAGGAGGAGGAGGAGGAGGAGGAGGAGGAGAUGGAUUUCACCUCCUUCUCUGCCGAGACACCAGAGCCAGAGAAACUCCAAUCACCAUUUGGUGUCAAGUUCGUCAGCGGAGGUGCAGGGAGAAGCCAGGCGCUGCCUUUUACUGGUCCAUUUGUCAGCGUGCUGUUGUCUCGUCUGGAGAACAUGCCGAGCAACUCGCUACACGUCAACUUGUUGGUGACAGGCAUCCUGGCCCAGCUGGCGGCCUACCCUCAGCCCCUCCUGCGCUCCUUCCUCCUUAACACCAACUUGGUCUUUCAGCCGACCGUUCGCUCUCUUUACCAGGUACUAGCCACCGUGAAGAACCAGAUAGAAGAGCAGGCUGCCUCCAGGAGAGACUUUCCAGAGCUGAUCACGGCCGCCCAACACUGGCUGCUGGCCAGGGAGACUUCAUUCACUGCAGCAGACAACGGCGGCAGCAGACGAUCCACGCACGGCGAGGCGGUGAUGAUGCUGAAGAGUUCGCCGCCACCUAAACCCAAAGCCAUCUCUCUGGACCGGACAGAAGUCUUCGCUACCGUCCUCUACACGGAGUUCCUCAAAGAACUGGCUGCCAUUGCACAAGAGCACUCCAUCUUAUCAUACAUUCCUAUGGAAGAGUGAUCGUGUCCCACUAAAGUUAAAGACUUUUU